AUGACCGGUCACGAGAAUGGAAACCUGGCGCAGGAUCGCCGCUUCGGCACUUUGGCCGUUCAUGCUGGCGCCCCUCAUGAUCCCACCACCGGCGCAGUGAUUGCUCCUAUUUCCCUCUCCACGACGUUCGCGCAGACCAGCGUCGGCAAUCCCGUCGGUCUCUACGAAUACACACGGAGUUCCAACCCGAAUCGUGACAACUUUGAGCAGGCUGUCGCCGCGCUCGAACACGCUAAAUAUGCCCUUGCCUUUUCCUCCGGCUCCGCGACCACUGCCGUCAUCCUCCAGUCGCUCGCCGCUGGAUCGCACGUCGUCUCCGUCUCCGACGUGUACGGCGGUACGCAUAGAUACUUCACCAAGGUCGCGUCCGCGCACGGUGUGCAUGUGACCUUCUCGCCUUGCAUUGAACUUGACGUGGAGGAACUGAUCCGGCCCAACGAGACCAAGCUGGUCUGGAUCGAGACCCCGUCGAACCCCACGCUGGGCUUGGUGGAUAUCCGCAAGGUCGCGGCCGUCGCACAUCGCCACGGAAUCCUGGUCGUUGUCGACAACACGUUCAUGAGCCCCUACGUCCAGAACCCUCUGGACCACGGUGCCGACAUUGUCGUCCACUCCGUCACCAAGUACAUUAACGGUCACUCGGACGUUCUCAUGGGAGUCGCCGCGUUCAACUCCGACAGCCUCAAGGAGCGCCUCACCUUCCUCCAGAACGCCAUUGGCGCCGUCCCGUCCCCCUUCGACUGCUGGCUUGCCCACCGCGGUCUCAAGACGCUGCAUCUGCGUGCGCGCGAGGCCACCACCAACGCCACGGCCGUCGCCCGCGCCCUCGAGGCCUCCCCCCACGUCAUUUCCGUCAACUACCCGGGCAUCGAGUCGCACCCGCAGCGCGCCAUCGCCAUCAAGCAGCACCGCCAGGGCAUGGGUGGCGGUAUGCUCAGCUUCCGCAUGAAGGGCGGCCAGCAGGCGGCCCAUCUGUUCUGCCAGUACACCAAGGUCUUCACUCUGGCCGAGAGUCUCGGCGGCGUCGAGUCGCUCUGUGAGGUCCCCUCUAGCAUGACGCACGCUGGAAUCCCCAAGGACCAGCGGGAGGCCGCCGGUGUCUUUGACGAUCUGGUGCGCAUGAGUUGCGGUGUCGAGGAUGCGGAGGAUCUCGUGGCGGAUGCGCUGCAGGCACUUGAGAAGGCGGUUACUGCUGGCCAGAACGGGAACGGGACUGCAUAG